AUGUUCAAACAGUUACUUCUAAUUUCCCUGGUAGCUCACGCUACAGCCCUGUCACAAAAUUUUGGUAACAGUUUGUUCGCUAAAGCAUUUUUAGGAGGCGGUAGAGCCAAUAGUGGUGAAAGUGGUGCAGUAUCAAAUGGAAUCAACAUCGGAGCAGGAAUUGGUUUAGGUCGAGCCCUUGGUAUUACUACAGGACUCAAAAUUGGAAAUGGUUUAACAAGUCUCAAUAGAGGUAAUUCGGGAAGUAAAGUAGAAGAGGAUAGAACUGAAUCAAGUUCUGGAUCAAAUUCACAUUCAAAAGCUAUCACAAAUAAUGAAACAGAGACUGAAGAAAUUGAUUCAAACACUGGAUUGGAAGACGAUGAUGAAUCAGAAGAAAAUUUACGGAUAAGAAACCAAUCAAGUAAUGGAUCAGGUUCAAACUUAAGGUCUGGAAGCAGCUCGAAUAGAAGAUUUAGUGAGGAAUCUCGUUCAAGCUCGAGAAGAAAACAAGAGGCAGGAAAAAGUUCAGAUUCGGACUCAAUCGGUGCUUCAGAUAGUGAAAUAGAAACCACUGGUGUUGGUUCCAGUUCAAAUGAAAGAGCUGGUUAUGGAUCAGGAUCAGGAGAAAACUUUGAUAGCAAUGAGAGUGGCACAGCUGGUUCACGAAGUGAAUCUGUCGGUAGUGCAGGAAAAACUAGAUCAAACAAAAAAUCAGGCUCCACUAACAAUAGAUCUGGAACAAGCUAUAGUAGUUCGAGUCGCUCAGAUGAGUCAGGUUCGAGUUCAUCAGGUGAAUAUGAUGACGGAUUUGGAACAGACUCAAGUUCAUCAAGUGGUAAUUUAAAUGGUGUAUCAGAAACAAGAUCAAGUAAUUCAAAAGGAUCACAUUCAGGGUCACAAAAUGAUUAUGGUAGCUCAAGUAACGGUUCAAGGGACUCUUCAAAGAUCACCAAUGCAUCAAGCUCUAACGUCAAUCGUAACACAAACAAUAAUUCAGCUAGAACAUCCUCUGGUAAUAGUCGUGGUUCGAGUGCACAAAGUAGAGCUGUCAGUGGAUCAGCAGCUGGCUCAAGACCAAGAACCAGUGCUAGUCAUGGAUCAAGCUCGAGUAGCAGCAGCUAUAGUAGUAGUAGCUCUUCGGGUUACGGCUCUCAUAUGGUUUCAAGUUACUCCUCGAGUCCAAACAGCAGGCUAGGGUCAGGCUCAAGCAACGGUGCAACUGGAGCAAGCAGAAGCCAAUCAGGCUUACAUUCAGGUAAUUAUCAAAGUAUAAGUAGCUUUAGUUCUGGUGGUCCUGGUAGCUCAAGCUUUAGUCAAUCAAGAUCAGGUGGUCGUCCACAGACUGGUAGAAAUUCAAAUGAUCUAUUUAAUUUCUCUGUUAAUUUAGGAAGAUAA